UAUGAUUUCCCCAUAAAAUUUAUCAGACAAGGUAAGAUAGUUUGAAUAUUGUUUUAGUAUGAAGAUCAAUACUCAAGAUUGGAAAAAGCUGUAAUGAUUGAUACUAAAUUUUAUAGAUGAUUGAGCUAUUCAAAUAUGAGAACUUGUUAAAUAAUGAAUAUUUAGUAAGAAAAUUUGAAACAGAUAUUACAAAACCAGAUCAUUAUUUACUAUAAUAUGUUGUAGUAUAAAGGGAAAAUUCAAUAAAGAAUCAAUAUGUGCAAAAUGAAUAGAAUGAUAGAAAAUAAUAUCAUCUUAUCUUAACAGCUGUAUGAUUAUGAUUUAAUACAUAAAUAUAGAUACUGAAGAAGUAUAAUAAUUAAUUAUGGAACUUUGAUCAUGGCCUAUUGUUAAUUAGACCCUAUUUUCGUAGUGAAAGAAAGAGAAUUUUAAUAAAAUCAGGUGCAUCCAAUAUUAAUAAUAUAAAGGAAUCCCUUAGAAAUAAUAGAUAGAAUAGAGAAUAAUUAUAAUUUGAAGAAGAAAUUUAUUAAGCAGAUAAAAGUUUAAUUAAAUUAACAUUGACAUGUUAAAGUGAAUAAUGUGCAGAUGAGAUAUUCACAUAUUUGAUGUCUAAUAAAUCUAAAUUGCAAAUUGAUUCUGUUAUGAUGUUAAGUGUUGAUUACUUGGAUGAAUUUCAUAAGUAAAUAAAUUUGAAGAAAUGUACAAUGAUAUAGAAUAAGAAAUCACAUUAAUAUGAUGAUUAUGAAGAAGAUAUUGAUGGACGUGAUAAAGGUUAUCAAAAUAGUAAUAAAGGGAGAGGAAGAUAAAAUUAUGGAUAAUAAGAUGUUUAAGAUAAUGAAGAUUAUAAGAAUUCAAGAGUUAAAGGAAGAUUUGAUAGAAAAAAUGGUAAUAGAUAAAAUAAUGUAAUGAUUUGAUUUAUAAUAUUAGCAAUACUUUUAAAAAGGGGAAACAUAAUAGUAAUAUUAAUUGGUUCCAAAAAGCAUAGUCUAAAAAACACCCAAAUAAUAUGUUAAAUAAGAUCCAAUUGAUUAAAAUGAUUUCCCAACUUUGGGUGCAUUAUAGAAUUGAG